GGCCGCAGCGCGCAUGCGCAGAGCUUCCUUGCGUUAACGUGCGCGCGGUGACAGCUGUCCCGAUGAUAUCGAUGAACGUAACCACCAGUAAUAACAGCCUUGCUCAGCACAAUCACGGCAAAAAGCCCAAGAAGAAGACUAAGAAGCACCGUAAAGGGGCAGCAGUGGGGGUCUCUGGUUUGGAGCUGGGAUCCCAGAUCCCUUCCGAUGAACUGUGCCACAUUCUCACCAUACACAGAUCUGCCACGCCUCCAGAUUCACCACCGACGCCCCCGUUAAACCUCUCCCAGAGCCCCCCAGACCUCCAGCCUCCGGCUCCCCUCCCACACUCCGUUGCCAUACCAGUGGUUUCGUCAGCCUGCACAGUCUCAUCCGCAGGAAGCCCUUCAACUCCCAUCGCACAUUCACCUGGCCUUUCUUCGGUUCUCUCCACAACUCCUCCCACUCCACAGGCCCUGUCCAAUCAGACAACGCCACCGCAGGCUUUGAGCCCUCCCCCUCCAGACUUUUCCCCGCCGCCGGUUGAAUUACUCGGGUCAGAUGAUGAGGAGCAAGAGAAUCCGUCAGAUUACUGUAAAGGAGGCUAUUAUCCCGUGAAGAUUGGAGAUCUGUUUAACGGCAGAUAUCAUGUGGUCAGAAAACUGGGCUGGGGUCAUUUCUCUACUGUAUGGCUGUGUUGGGAUCUACAACGGAAACGAUUUGUUGCACUUAAAGUGGUGAAAAGUGCCCAGCACUACACAGAAACAGCUCUGGAUGAGAUUAAACUACUGAAAUGUGUGAGAGACAGUGACCCCACAGACACUAAACGUGAGAGGAUAGUUCAGCUCAUCGAUGAUUUUAAAAUCUCUGGCGUCAACGGUGUUCAUGUGUGUAUGGUACUGGAGGUGCUCGGUCACCAGCUUCUCAAAUGGAUCAUUAAGUCAAACUACAUGGGUUUGCCCCUCAUCUGUGUGAAGAGCAUUCUCAGACAGGUCCUUGAGGGUUUGGAUUACUUGCACACGAAAUGCAAGAUCAUCCACACAGAUAUAAAGCCAGAGAACAUCCUGCUGGAUGUGAAUGAGGUGUACGUGAGACGGCUGGCCGCCGAAGCCACGUUAUGGCAGAAAGCUGGAGCUCCGCCUCCUUCCGGUUCCUCCGUUAGCACGGCCCCCAGGGAAAAACAGACGGGUAAAUUGUCAAAGAAUAAGAAGAAGAAGUUGAAGAGGAAGGCAAAGCGGCAGCAGCGUCUGCUGGACGAGAGACUGCUGGAUCUUCAGAGGAUGGAGGAGCUGGACUCUGGACCAGCGCCCUGGAGACUCGGCGAGGAUGCAAAAGAGGAUGAAGAAAACACACAGAUGAAUGGUAACGGUCCGUCUAAAGGCAGUCCAGAGUCGGGCUCAUCAUGGCUGGAGGAGAGCUGUAAUGGCUGUGGACCGCUGGAUUUCUCCAGUUCCGGUUCUGCUCUGUCUGGCUUGUCUGGAUCCCUCCUGUCUGCUACCUCUGAGUCAGCUGUGUCCGCUCUGUCGGGAUACUCCACAGAACGCUCGCUGCUAUCGCCCAACUCGUUCUCUGCUGCUGAUUUCUUGGUGAAUCCUCUGGACCCUCAGAAUGCGGACAAGAUACACAUUAAGAUUGCAGAUCUUGGCAAUGCAUGCUGGGUGCACAAGCACUUUACAGAGGACAUCCAGACUCGUCAGUACCGAGCUCUGGAGGUGCUGAUCGGAGCAGAAUACGGACCACCUGCUGACAUAUGGAGCACUGGGUGUAUGGCGUUCGAGUUGGCGACCGGUGAUUAUCUGUUUGAACCUCAUUCAGGAGAGGACUACACUAGAGAUGAAGAUCACAUAGCUCACAUCAUUGAGCUGUUGGGCACCAUUCCUCCACAUUUCGCCCUCUCAGGCAGAUACUCCAGAGAAUAUUUCAACCGCAGAGGUGAGCUGCGACACAUCGCCAACCUGAAGCCUUGGGCACUGUUCGAGGUCUUACUGGAGAAGUACGAGUGGCCACUGGAUCAGGCGGCACAGUUCAGCGACUUUUUGCUCACCAUGCUUGACUUCUUGCCAGAAAACCGCGCCACUGCGGCCAAGUGUCUACAGCACCCCUGGAUGAAUUCCUAACCCUCUCCCGUAAAACACAUUUUCACUGCAUUUGUGCGGUCUGCAUCCUUUAGGUCACACCCGUUACAGGUCUACAGCCGUACACGUCCAACUUCCAGAGCAAAAGCUCAAAGAUGGCGAGUAUUCUGAGCACACACACUUAGCUAGAACCUCAAACUUUUGGUUUUAUACGUAUAUACAGUAUAUAAAUAUAUAUUUAAUGAGGCUUUGGACUUUGUUCAUGAUGGGGUAAAAUGUCUGUAAUCUGUCAGAUGUUUUUAUUGUGUUGUCAUCUAAUCGUGUAGAAGGGUCACAUAUUUAUAUGUUAAAAUAGUGCCUUGACAUGCCAUCUGCAAAAACAGAAAAACGAAACGAAAAAAACCACCCUCACCUUUUUAUAUUUGUCUGCCAAUAUGUGUGAGGAAUGCUUGUUGUUUGUGAACAUGCAGAACUCUGAACGAAUACUUGAUUGAAUUCAAUAAAGACUUGAGAUCUUAAACCCUGUACUGAAGAAUAAAGAACCACUAUGAUAUAGAAA